AUGUACGCAAGUUUCCCUCUCUCUCUCUCUCUCUCUCUCUCUCUCUCUCUCUCUCUCUCUCUCUCUCUCUCUCUCUCUCUCUCUCUCUCCUUGCUAAACCUGCACACGUUUCAAUAUACCUAUAGCUCAAGAGGGGGCGGCAACCCACGAGCUGGGGCAAAAGGGCAGCGUGGUCGGGAGGCUGAAUGGGCCAGGUGCUGUGCCAACAGGGGAUGGGCUGAGGGAUAUGCACAAAACGCAGCAGCAGCAGCAGCAGCAGUCGUCGCCGUCGUCGCCGCCGUCGUUGCCGUCGUUGCCGUCGUCGUCAUUGCUGUCGUCGAUUCCUUAAACUACUGGCGCUCCAACCUGGUCCCAGGCACCAUGGCAGACUCCUCCACGCCCAGCCGCAAGGGCACGGCCAAGCGAACCAAGAAGGAGAAGGGCUUUGUCAAGCUCAAAAUCUUCUUUGAGCAGUCCUCGGGCCACUUGGUGGCAGAAAUCCGUGAAGGCCGCGGCCUCCCAAAGCCAUGCCAGCCCUUUGUGAAGGUGGCCAUUGCCUCUGAAAAGGCAUCCAAGCAGAAAUCUGACCCCGCGCGCGAAAAGUCCACCGACCCCGUCUGGUCUACCGGCUUUCGCUGGCCUCUCGGCAAUGCCGAGGAGUAUAUGGAAGACGUUCUCGAGCUCACGCUCUGGGAGAAGGGCGCGCUCAAGGACCAAUUCUGUGGCCGCAUGGCCUUUCCCAUCGGUGAGCUGAUUGAGAACCCGGACCCGCUGGAGGGUUGGUUUGCCCUUCUUGAUGCGGACAAGGGCAAGUCGGGCUACCGCAAGUUUGAGCCCGAUACUAGCGAGGGCAAGGUGGUCGUCGCCCUCUACGAUAACGACCCUCGUGGCGACAUGGAACUCUCCAUGCGCAAAGAUGACUAUCUUUUGGAGCUUCGCAGCGACGGUGCCUGGGUCCAGUGCCGCCACCUCAUGACCAACGAGGAAGGCUUCGUCCCCGGUACCUUUGUCGCCCCAUACAAGUCACUCGAGGCCGAGCCCUGGUUCUUUGGCCCCAUCACGCGUGCCAAGGCGGAAAAGCUGCUCGGUGUUCCCGCCCGUAAACACGGCUGCUUCCUCAUCCGCGAGUCAGAGAGCACGCCCGGCACCUUCUCCCUGUCCAUGAAGGACGGUGAAAACGUCCGGCACUUUCGCGUCAAGAAGGUGGCCGGCGGCAUCAAGCUGCAGGGCUCACCUUCCAGCCCCCACAAGGACCUGCCGUCCCUUAUCAAGUACCACAAGCGGCACCGCGGUGGUUUGACCACCACGCUCAAGGUACCCUGUCCACGCGAGAUUCGCGCCCCUGAUAUCGGUUACGCCGUCAAGGACAAGUGGGAGGUGGACCGCGACACCAUCGUCCUUGAGAAACAGUUGGGUGAGGGCCAGUACGGUGAAGUCUACAAGGGUCGCUGGAACGGCACGACCGAGGUGGCCAUCAAAACGCUCAAGUCGGCCGCCACCUCGGCGGAGGAAUUUUUGCAGGAGGCUCAGCUCAUGAAGGUGCGCGCGCGAGUUGGCAUUGCCCUUGCCCGUGCCCGAAAACUGCAACACGAUAAUCUGGUCAAGCUGCACGCGGUGUGCACUAUUGGUGAACCCAUUUUCAUCAUCACCGAGCUGUGCAAAUUUGGAUCACUGCUCGACUAUCUGCGCAGCCCCGCCGGCGAGUCGCUGCGCCUGCCCACGCUCAUUGACAUGGCCAGCGACGUAGCGCACGGCAUGGCUUACCUUGAGGAGAACAAUUACAUCCAUCGUGAUCUGGCAGCACGCAACAUUCUCGUCGGUGAAAACAACAUUUGCAAGGUGGCCGACUUUGGUCUGGCGCGCGUCGUGGCCGACCGUGAGGAGGGCUACACGCCUGAAACUCUGGCCAAGUUUCCCGUGCGCUGGACGGCCCCAGAGGCCAUGAGCACCAACACAUACAGCAUCAAGUCUGACGUCUGGUCUUUCGGCAUCCUCCUCACCGAGAUUGUUACCUAUGGUCGCAAGCCUUACGAGGGCAUGACCAACAAAGAGGUCGUCAAGUUUCUUGACAAGGGCGAGCGCAUGGAAUGCCCACCCGGUUGUCCCGAGCGUCUCUAUAAACUCAUGCUCGAUUGCUGGCGCACAACGCCCUCUGACCGUCCUGCCUUUGGAAGUCUCAAGUUUCAACUGGAAGACUUUUUCCAUGGCGAGGCUCAAUAUGCCGAUGCCAGCACAUUGUUCGACUCAAACGAGAAGGAGUAG